AUCUUCCGGCUGGGCCAGGGGACCGCUGAGCUUUGCUCCCAGUGUCUUAUGUGUAUUCAGGAGUGAAAAUGGAGGAAGCGAAUGCACCAAAAGCAGUUCUUCGGGAGAGGCUGGAAGGAAGAGGAAGAGACCUUCAUGUCCUGAAGGUUGGGACUGUGAGGGAAUUUCUCCCUGGGCCCGGCCUACAACAAGUUAAGCAGAAAACUGAAGAGGGGUUUCAACAGCCCUGGGAAGACCAAUGGCAGGCACUUCUCAAGGCAGUGGCAUCUCCCCCCUCACAAGGUGGAAAUCCAUGCAAGCUGGAGUCCUCAGGCGGGGGUGAGACUAAAGAUUUUCAGCCCUCCUCUGAUGGAGAAACUGCUGCCAACCAGAGGUCUGGGGGAGAGGGAGAGUCCCACAGCCUGCUGAGCCUGAAUGGAGACACUCUGCAGGUCUCUGGGAGACUGGGAGACUCUUCUGGGACAGUGAAAGAAGAGACUGUGGAUGAGGACGAUGUUGGUUUGGAAGUAUGGCAGCAGCGCUUCAGGACUUUCUGCUAUGAGGAGCACGGGGGUCCUCGACACGCUUUCGGCCAUCUCCAGAAACUCUGCCAUCAGUGGCUGAAACCAGAGAGGCACACCAAGGAGCAGAUCCUGGAGCUGCUGAUCCUGGAACAGUUCCUAGUCAUCCUUCCACAGGAAAUGCAAAGCUGGGUGAAGGAACAUGACCCCAAGAGUUGCACCUGGGCAGUGAGCUUGGCAGAGGAUUUCCUGAGGAGAAGGCCCGAAGAAACCGAGACGCAGGAACAACAGGCAUUGGUGUCGUUUGCCAAGGAGGAGAAGUUGGAGAAUUUGUCCAAGACUGAGCAGCAGCCAUUGGACGGUGUGAAAGCUGAGCCCACUGGAGAGGACAGUGACAGGGACGCCACCUUGAAGGAGCCUGAGCACAGCCAGCUUGCCGAAGAAAAGAAAGCCUAUCAGUGCUCUCGCUGUGAGAAAAGCUUCCUCUGGAGAUCCCACCUCACAAGGCAUGAGAGGACACACACGGGAGAGAAACUGUACGGCUGCUCAACUUGUGCAAAAAGCUUUGCUCAGGCAUCCCAUCUUGCCAUCCACGAGAGAACCCAUACGGGAGAGAAACCGUAUAAAUGUACAGUGUGUGGGAAAAGCUUCAACCAGAGUUCAGUCCUUUCCCGACACAUGAAGAGCCACACAGGGGAGAGAGGGGGCAAAGGCUGUGAGAAAAGCCAGGAGAGGUCACCUCUUACAAAAUACAUAACGACCCUCACAGGAGAGAAAUUAUAUCAAUGUUCAUGGUGCGAGAAAACCUUCAAGCAAAGGUCUCAACUCCCCAAACAUGAAAGGAUCCAUACAGGAGAGAAACCGUUUUCAUGUUUGAUGUGUGGGAAGAGUUUCAUUGCCAAUUCCGAUCUGACUGUUCAUGAGAGAAUCCAUACGGGGCAAAAACCGUACACGUGCUCCUAUUGCAGCAGGGGCUUCAGUAACAGUUCGGCUCUUUCGAAACACAAAAGGUCCCACACGGGAGAGAAACCGUAUAAAUGCCUGACCUGCGGGAAAGGCUUCAGCGACACUUCAGACCUCACCAAGCAUAAAAGGACCCAUACGGGAGAGAAGCCAUACCAGUGCUCUGAGUGCGAGAAAAGGUUCAGUGACAGCUCACAGCUGGCGAAACAUGAGAGGACACACAUGGAGGAGAAGCCAUACAAAUGCUUUGUCUGUGGGAAAGGCUUCCGUGAAAGCUAUCGCCUCAUUAGACACAAGAUAAGCCACACAGGAGACAAGCCCUACGCUUGCGCAGUCUGUGGGAAACGCUUCAUUGACCAAUCAGGCUGUGAGAAACACAAGAAAAGUCACACGGGCGAGAAGCCACACAAGUGCUCAGUCUGCAGCAGAAGCUUCAGUGCGAGAUCAAACCUUCUCAGCCAUCGCAGAGCCCACACAGGAGUGAAGCCGUACAAGUGUGCCGUCUGUGGGAAAAGUUUGAGCCGACAAUCGCACCUCCUUAACCAUCACAAAACACACACCGGAGAAAAACCUUAUAAGUGUGUUGACUGCGGCAGAAGCUUCAUUCAAAAAACACAGCUUCUUAUCCACGAAAGAACCCACAAGAUGGACAGUCCAUGAUUAUUC